CUUCAAAACAGUGAAAACGGAAAACGUACUGCUGAUUGAAAACAAGUGGAAAAAGUCUGCUCUUAUUUAAUUUUCCUGGUUUAUCCUCGAAAAUGAAUAGUUUAACUAAACUUUGCACUAAUACAUUAAGUAUCGCUCGCGUUCUCCACAAAGUCUGCAUCCAGGUCUCCCGCACAUGUGUCUCAAAAACAGCAUUGGAUCAACCACCACGAUGGAGGCAUGGCUACAAAGUAAAACUUCACAGAGGCUUGCUUCCAAGGCUGCCAGAUGAGAAAACUCCUCUGCCCAUGCCAGUGUACAAGCCUUCAAAUGCUUGGACCCCUCAAAAGGCACUCUUUGGACAGAAUGACUACAUCGACAUCCUGGGCAACGAGGAGAUCCAUCCAGUGUCCCUGCAGUAUCACGUGCCAUUCUACGCGAGAGGAAUGAAGGGGAAUGAAUUCAAGAUGUUAUUGCAUAAGAAGAAGAUGCUAGGCAACAACACAGACUACAAAACGUUAAACCCAAAAAAGUGGGACAUGUUAAAUAAGAGAAUCAAGUUUUUGGGUAGGUGGCUGAACCGAAAGACGAAAUCAAAUCUGACCAAACAGCUGUAAUCUUGGAAUUAAAAGGCGGAUAGUUUGAAUUUAAUUAUAAAUUAA